UGUCUUUCUCAGCAUCUCCGUCGAUCCAUCUCAGUAUGUGGGUCUGUUUGUAAUCUGUAUGUAGUGUUCAAGCCUCUUUCUCCUCCUCCUCCUCCUCCUCUGCCUCCCUUCAACUGGGAACGAGAACCCAUCCCUCGGAAUCCGGAGCCAAUUACGGGCCUGAAGCGGGCGGCAUCGUCUGGAUGGUGUUUCUCUCGAGUGUUGACCUCAGAGGCCACCGUACCCCUUCUGUCAGCAUGUGCUAGUAAACUCAAUAGUGAUGAUGUUGAUGUUGUGCUCAGAGGAGGAUCACGAGGAUUUUGAGGCCUGACAGGACAGGAUUGGAUUGGAUCGAGAUGCCUCGACGGAGUGGUCCUGGCGGAGGGGGAGGUUCUGGGGCCGCCCACGCCCACCAAAACUACUAUCAACACCACCAUCACCGUCAUUUAGGCUAUGCAGCUCACUCUGACGUCCAUUUGCGGGCUUUGUUCCAAGAUUUCAAUGCCCCGAAAUUUGUGGUGUUCACGUGUCUGCUCGUGUUUGCCAUGUUAUUUGCCCUUAAACUGGACGGGGUCUUACCGGGAUGGUCGUGGUGGGCCAUUUUUGUGCCAUUGUGGGUCUGGAAAGGCAUUGCGGUGACGGGUGCUGUGGUGGGCUCCUACGUGUGGUGGAGACGCCCGCAAAGCCGUUUGAACGCCGAAGAAUACAUUCAGUACAAGGCCAUGCUCAUCAGUCUAGCCACGCAUUUGCUCCUACUUAUGUUUGAAUUGCUCUUGGCCGACAACCUGAACACCAGAAGACAUCUCUGGAUAUUGGUCUUUGUUCCACUGGUUUUCAUCUCCAUCGUAUCGAUCUCGAUUUGCGUGUGGAGUGUCCGCCAUGACAGAUCUUUUGAAAUGGAACUAUUUUGUGCCGUCAAUGUCCUACAGUUCGUCUUUCUAGCUUUGAAAUUGGAUGGACUCAUAACUUGGCCUUGGGAGAUCACAUUUGUGCCUUUGUGGAUUGUCUUGUGCGUGUCCCUAGUGGGUGUGCUAUACACCAUCAUUUUUGCCGGGAUAUUGCUCCGACUCCCCGAGGUCAACACAGACCAAAGAAGAUCCUCCACCAACUCCGCUUUAGGCUAUAGUUUCCUGGUCAUCCCCUUGUUGGUGUUUCUUGUGCUCCUAACUCAUAAACUGGAUGGGUCCAUCGGGAUAUCCUACUUCUCAGCCUUCACGCCCCUUUACUUGACCUUCUUCACGCUGGUCGUCACUUCGUUUGGAACGCGCGGAGGCAACCAAUACUGGUUUGGCUUGCGAAAACCUCCGUGCCAAUUCUUGUUCAGCGUGUGUCCGUGUCUCCAACUCUUCGGCAACAUCUCGUACUCGCUCUACUCGAAUCGCGAGAGCAACGCCCAAGGUCAGAACAGUACCCAUUCGCAAUCAGAAAUCUCAGUGGUGGAGAGCUUGUCGUCAUCGUCUACGGGCACGUCUUCUUCAUUAUCGCCCACUUCGAGUUCCCCGUCUGGAUGGAGUGCCAUCACCAGAACUAACAAAAAGGAUAGAAAAAUGGAACAGAUCGUGGCACCGGCUUUGGCAAUCGAGAUGCCAGAUUGAUCUGGCUGGAGGGCGUGUUUCUCAGCAAACCAAACAACAGUUAAACACACAAACAGACAGACAUAUACGCAAGAGAGAGUGCUACAAUUAGCCAUUAUUGAUUGUUCUUUAUACCUCAGAAAACGAAAUCACUUUGCAUGAACAAGGAUCUGGCUGGCCAUGUUUUCCCUCAUCAAUUGGGGCCUCGAUCUCUCCCGAUGGGAUGGUUCAAACUUUGAUUUUAGAACCCGACGAUUGAUUGGUGCUCAAAACACGACUAAUUCUAUAUUAUUUACAAAGAGAAACCCCCUAACUAACUGAAUAUGUCUAAAUCAUAAAUCAUACCUCGAUGGAUGAAGCAAGGAAUUGCCCUUGAUUGCUAACUUGAAAUUUAGGAUGAGCUGUUACUACCAUUGUAUAAUAUAAAUUCUUGAUGAAACA